GCCUGUUCCUUUCGUCUUGGGCUGUCAGCCAUUACCAACAAAAGUGCUGAUCCCUGAGGAGUCAUAGCAAGUUUGACUAAUAUCUCCGCUAAUGUGAAAAGAGUAAAACUUUCCUCUAUACUUCCUGACAAAAAAAAUGGAUAACCCCCUUGACAGCACCGACAGCAAUCUCCAGAAUGAAAGUGGACUGACUGAGAGCAGUAAACCCCAAGACCCUAAUGAGCAACUCAUAGAGGGCAGCAAACCCCCUGGUACAUAUGAAGAGACUGAAUCCAGCAGCCCCCAAGAGCUAAAUGAGCAGGUGCAAGUGAGCAGCAAACCCCAGGACCCAGAUAAGCAGGCUGAAGACAGCAAAAUCCAGGACCUAAAUGAGCAAGUCAGCAAGCCACAAGACCCAAAUGAGCAGGUCAACAACAUCCCAGACCCAAAAGAGCAGGUCAACAACAUCCCAGACCCAAAAGAGCAGGUCAACAACAUCCCAGACCCAAAGGAGCAGGUCAACAACAUCCCAGACCCAAAGGAGCAGGUCAACAACAUCCCAGACCCAAAGAAGCAGGUCAACAACAUCCCAGACCCAAAGGAGCAGAUCCAAGAGAGCAACAAACCCCAAAACCCACAUGAACGGGCUGAAAACAGCAGCAUACAAGAGCUAACUGAGCAGGUUCAAGAGAGUGACAGAUCCCAAGACCAAAAUGAGCAGGCUGAAGGGAGAAAACUACAAGAAUUAAACGAACAGAUCAAAGACAAUGAGCAGCUAGAAAUUCCACCUCAGAAGCAGCCUGAGAAAGAGGCUGUCCUGUCUUCAGUGACUGGUGCACAGGAUGUUCCUUUGAGGGAAACGCAGGCUGAGUCACAUCACGCCCUGGCCCCUGAACCCAGGCUGGAAGACAGUACCCUGCAUGAGCAGGCCAAAGAAAGCAGUCCCCAAGACCUGAAGGAGCAGGUGGAAGAAAGUAGGGAAGCACCCAAGGAGGCCCCCAAGCAACAUUCCCAGAAGGCAAUUUCUCUAUCCACCUCUGCAGUCUCACCAAAGAAACCCAUUAAAAAUAAGAAAGAUGAAGCGUGCAGCACUCAUGCCCCUGGAAAACACCUGCACAGUGACUACUUUUCUGCCAGGCCAAGGAUCACACAGAGCCUGCCGGUGUAUGGAAGAGCACCCUUUCAGGGAUGCCUUUCUCCAAACAGAAAACCCAGAACUGCUGAAAAGGCCAUUCAGUGUAACAAGAUGCUUAUGCGGCGCUUGCCACUGCUUGUGAGGAAACCACCUCAGAGAGUCUUCAUCCCCAAAGCAAAGCCUCCAGUAGAUGACAAAGCAACUCAGAUUUCUCCAUCCUUUGAGAGGCUCCCGAAGAGGCCACCUCUUUUAGCCAAGAAGGAGAAAAAAGAGAACAAGGUGAUCACCCAGAUUUCGCCAAGCAAGACCCGCCCACCCAAGUUGCACAAAAGGAGAAGCAGUAAUUGUAAUUGUCGCAGCGCAGCCGCACAGCCGUCCCUGACACUGAAAAAGGGCAGGAAGCCUAAUGUUAUCUACAAUCUCUAUAUAACCGUCUGUGACAGGUGGAGUGAAAUUGAUCCACUGCAUAUUAAGAGAACUUCUUGGGAAGAUUGUGCAAUGUGUUCAGGGCUGUCUAGGGCCUGCACUGUUUUCAGCACUCUUAAGGCAGAGAGGAUCCAUCUCAGCAAACUCCUCCAGGUCCUGCGCACCCUGGGAAUCCUGGUGACCAGCGAUGAGAUGCAUCAGGCUCUCCAGUUUGUUAAUGUGGAUGGAUCUGGUACUCUGAAUUUCUAUGAAUUCUUGAAAGUCCUGGAUAAAACGUCACCCUUCGCUGAGACAGAGGCUUUCCAAAAUACCCUUCGGGUUUUCAAAAAGAUAAAGAAUGGCACAGUGACUGUUGAUGAAUUGAAACCUGUCCUAACAGACCUGGGAGUUAAUCUGAGCUCUGAAAAUAUACAGCAGACACUGGGAUGCGUGCACAUUAACAAGAAUGGAAAAGUGGACCUUUUAGAAUUCCUACUGGCUUCAAGGAAACUGCAGAGUAGCCUUGAGGAAGAAGCAUUCCAGGAUGAGUAUACCACUUCAGGAAGGAGGCCUUUUCAGGAUGUAGUUGCGCUUGUCAAUGCAGAAUCUAGAUGGAGAAGAAAGUACCAGAGCUAUCUUGAUGAGGAAAUACCAAGCUCCACAUCCCUGCUUGCCCUGCAGGCAUGUCCAGGCUCACAUGAAAAAUCUUCUCUUGCCCAACCACAGAAAAGUGUAUCCUGGAACUCUGACCAGGAAAUCCUCAGCACUGUAUCCCAUGAUGAAGAAGGGGGAGAUAAGGGCCAUGACUUCAAAGAAGCAAAAAAGUCCCACUCAGGCAUCAUUGACCAAAGAAACCCCAGUGUUGUACCUUCCUUACAUACUGCAGAAGAGGAAGGUAAGGAUCAUAACAUCAUGGAAAAGGAAAAGUCCCAGUCAGAUGGGAGCCCCUCGAGCCAGGACACUAUCCAAGUCAAUUAGCUAGUACAAGAAGCUGGACUGCUACUCCUCUCAGACUGGUGCUCUGUAUUCCACCUUGGAAUCUGUGUAUCCCCCACUUCUGCAGCCUCCUUUUCAACCAUGUUUUCAGGUGGAGCAUCUUUCCAAAAUGGGAAAAGUUAAGAAAGGGAGUCAAUUCCUCUUGA